GCCCCCACAGUAAUCUGAGUGUUUCAAGCAGGAAGUGAUGCUGUUACCUUCGUGAAGAGCCAGCCUGUUAAAUAGCACUUUCUCUAGACAUACCAUUAAAUCCAGUCCUUGGCUUUAGCUAUAAACAGUCUCCGUAAAGUACUCUCAUUCAUUUAAUCUCUUCUGCUUUCUUGGACUUUGGACUAAGAGAAGAGAAAGAAUGAAACCUGCCAUACUGAUUCUCUGUCUGCUGGGAGCAGCCUGUGCUAAUCCAAUCUUGCAUAAAAGGGCUAUGGAGAUUAUUCAGCAUGCAUCCAACUCUUCAGAAAGCUCUUCGAUGUCUGAAUCCUCCGACCAGAGUAAUACCUCAGAACUUUCAGAAGAGAGGUCUAAGGACACUGUCUCAGACAGCAGUAGUUCAGAAUCAACUGAAUCGGACUCAAAUGAACCGAUUUCUAGUGAAAGCCAUUCUGUGGAAAGUCUGUCUGGAAAAAGCGAGACUGCACUGACAUCAGAUAACACUCAAAGCAGUAAAGAAAAUGUUCGUAGGGGCUGGAUCUACACGCUCAAAUGGGUCCAUAUUAACAACAAUGGCAAAGUGCAAGUGACCAGCCAGCCAGAAGAGAAUGACAUCAUGUCCACUAGUGUUGCGUCAAAAAAAAGUGAAAGCAGUGAAUCAAGUGAAAGCAAGGAAACAGUUGCUCUGAACACAAAUGAGGAGGAUAACAGUGCCGACACAAGUGAAAGCAGUGAAAGCAGUGAAAACAGUGUUGACGGUGCUGAGUACAGAACCAGCAAUAGCAGCAGCAGCAGUAGCAGCAGCAGCAGCAGCGAAAGCACGGAGUCCAAAAACAGCCCAGUGGACAGCGAAAGUCGCUCCGCUGAGUGCAAGCCAGGGGCUGACAGCCAAGAAUGUGACAGCAAGGAAGACUUUCCUCUGGAUAUCGGUGAUGAUGGUGCAAUGGACCCUUUCAAUGGCAUCCUAAUGCCUGAUGUCACUGAGCCCUAACAGCAGUUUAAGGCAUCAUUUUAUGACUCAAUGCUCUGAUAUCUGCAAGUGGAAAUCCCAGGAAUAUUAAAAUGGGAAUGUUCUAUUAAGGAAAAUAUUUAAAGAAGAGUAUGUAAGGAAUUUAUAUAAUAUUAAUAUAAAUCAUUAAACAAUAAUGGUACCUCAGUCGAUUUUGAACUAUAAAUUAAACAUUGUAAGCCUACGUUGAUAUUUAGAUUUUAUACAGUACUUUGCGUUUUUUUUUAUUUCUGUGAAGCUGGAGAUGUGUGUAGUAUUUUGUAUGUGUAUAGAAUUUGUAGUCCUUUAUUUAUACUGUUGGUAUUAACCAUUUUCAAAUAAAUAAAUUGAAUAAAAAGUCAAGCAUCGCACGACUGCUGUUUUUCCCAAGAAUUCUUAAUGCUAAAAAAUUGCAUGCAAGCACCAUACAUUCCUAAAAUGAAAGGGUUGCCUUAAUGCAAUCCAAGUGUAAUUACCAACUUCACUGCCUAUAAUUUUACAGAUUUAGUUCAUACCUUUGCACAAGCAUGCCUAAACAAUAAAAAUGUGUAUAGAGAGCUGAAAUGGCUGUUGUGUAACAUCAAGCAUGAAAGAGCACUUUCAUCAGGGAAAUAUUGCAAUAAUUAUGUUUGUGUGCGACUGACUUAUUUACAAGUACUAUAUAAUGUCUGUCAAACCCAUGUCAUUGCUGUUUUGACACCACAAGAUGGUGGCAAACUUUAAAGAACAGCGGUGGGGUUUCCCUAUAGGCAGAAAAUCAUGAACUCACACAAACAUGAUGAGCGGGACUUUCUGCUGUUUCAUGUGUGCUGCUUUUGGCAGAGGAAUAAAGAUUCCUAAUGCUAAGAAUGGGGGUUUAGACAUGGUAAGUUUGUUAAUUACUGUAUAAUUAAAAUGACUGUUUUAUAGUUCAAUCUUCAGAUAACAGACUAAGUGCCAUUGGCUUUC